UGAGGGACCAAAGGACCGCCCAAUCAGCCAAAUGGUCCUCUGAUCUCAGCCAACACCACCGCUGCUGUCGAUUAUCGCCAGUAAUUCCCUCCAUAACCUAACACCCAAACGCCGCCAGCGACGACCGGACAAGAUGGGCAAGGGGCGCAUCUUCCAGGCCGCAAAGGUCUACCAGAGGGCCAGCGAGGCUGCUGCCACCAACAUGGUCUCUGGCCUGCCACCACGGAACCCGCCACUGUGGCUCAAGGCCAUUGAGUCCAUCCCUCCCGCUGAGAUCAACACCAGGCCGUAUCCGAUCCAGCACUCUCCGCCGAACCCGCGAGCGCGCAAGCCACGCAACCUCUUUAGGCCCACCAAGAUCGUCUAUCCCGAAGAUGAGUUGCGCCGCGACUUCUACCGCGACCACCCUUGGGAGUUGGCCAGGCCGAGGAUGAUUAUCGAGUUGGAUGGCAAGGACGCCCGUUUCCUUGACUGGUCCAAGGGCCUCAGGCAACGCGGCAUGCCUUUGUCCGGCGAGAGUGUCGUUCAACGUCAGCUCUGGCUUAUGGAGAAUCAGGGCAUGACCAAGCAGGAAGCCUACGACAAGGCGCGCCACGAGUUCUACAAGUUGAGGCAGUUGGAGCAGAUGGAGCGCAGGAUAGCCGUCGAGGAGGCCCGCAUGGUUGGUGGCUACUUUGGCAAGGACCUUCUGACGGUCGGCAUGGAGCUCGAGAACAAGACGUUUGAGAGCUGGAAGAAGUGGGCCACGACCGAGAUCGCCCGCCAGGAAUCCGCCAGGGCUUCCAUGUACACCAAUGUCGUCGACAACUCUGCGCUCGAGGAAUCUGAGGAGGAUGAGCUGCUCGCGCAGAACUAAGGCAGCGAGUUGGAGUAAAGGGGGAGGGAAGGAGUGGUGUAGCGUGGCUGAUACCCAUCCGUGUCGGGGAAAAGACGAUGCCGGCCCACUC